AUGAUGGCCUGUUUUCGUGGCAAUCGGGAGGAAUUUUAUGGCGAAGUCCUCUUAUUAGACGAGAGGAAGAUCACUCUAACGGCUGAGCAAGGCAUCAAGAAAUCUUCGAAGGCGGCGGCCAUCUUGCAGCAGGUGUUUUCUCACCUGAAGGUGGUCGAAAUCCAGUUCUUCGGUUUGAGAUUCUGUGAUAACAAACAGCAGACGCACUGGUUGGAUCCUUCCAAAACUCUUUCACAACAUCGAGACCUUGUCGGGCCGCCGUACAUUUUCUACUUUGGCGUCAGAUUUUACGCUGAGGAUCCAUCCAAACUGAAAGAGGAAACUACACGCUAUCAGUUUUACCUGCAGGUUCGUCAGGACGUCCGUCGAGGUCGUCUGCCGUGCCCCCCCCACCUCAAACCUAAACUCUUCGCUCUGAUGCUGCAGGCAGAGCGAGGCGACCACAGUGAGGCGGAGCAGCUGGACUCGGAGGAGAACCACGAACUACAACGCAUCUACAAAACACUCUGUGGUGUCUCUCGUCCUCAGGCUCAGUGUCUCUUACUGUCUCUCUGCAGCUCUCUGCAGAUGUUUGGAGUCUCUCUGUUCGCCACCUAUGGUGAGAACCAAAGUGAGUACUUCCUGGGUCCAACUCCAGUGGGCGUGGUCAUCUACAAGAACAAAGUGCUGGUGGGAAAAUAUUUCUGGCAGAGAAUCACCAGAAUUCACUUUAAAGACCAGACCUUUGAGCUCAGAGUCGCUGGAAAAAAUGGUUCAGAGACGUCCUUCUUCUUUCAGACGUUGGAUCGAUCCGACUGUAAACGUCUGUGGAGAUGUUGUGUCGAGCAUCACGUCUUCUUCAGGAUGUCGGAGUCGAAUCCAUUAACACACAAACUGAAACCCAACAGUGCUGCUUGCUCGCCCACUCUUCCUUGGCUGAAUGUUGGCGUGCUGAGAAACAAAACCAACAAAACAACAAGCGAUCUCUGUAUGAGAUCAAAACAUCACACCAAUCAGAUAGCGAGUGAACCAAUGAUGAUGCAGACAGCGCCACCUGCUGUUCAGAGGUCAGAGGGUGGGGCAGAGCAGGACCAGGUGAAGCCCAGUGCACCAUGGGAAAACAGCGGCCCUCUUAGCGGCCUUUUCAACCCAAAGUUUCCUCCAAACACUAAAGAAGAAGAACGAGAUGGAGGAAGACCACAGAGGCGGAGCAGAAGUCUGGAUGGAGAUCGACCAGUCAGACAGCGGGGGAGGAGGUCUCGUUCCUAUGGCAACACAAGCAGCGGCAGCGAAUCAGAGAAGACGGCGAGUAAUAGUGAGCAACGCAGAAGAAGAACAAAGAUCAGGGGUUGCCCAGGUGACCAGAGACCUGAUUCCACCUCCUGGUCCUGCACCAGAUCACGGAGUCCCAACGUCCUUACGUGGAAACACAUCCAGAAGCAGCUAGUGGAGCCUGACGGUUUGAUUGACAGACAGACGGAGGAAAUACCUUAUAAGGAAGUGAGAGUCUCGGGGGAGCCAACAAGAACGCGUCGUUCUCCAAGGGGGCGGCGACAUCAUCGGUGGGCGUCGGCUUCAGACCUCCAUUCAAAGACGGGCCUGGUUCCUCCUCUUCCAGUUACCAAAGCAACCAACACUUCUUGUCAAUUACCCAUAAGUCCCUGAGGCAGCUGUCGACUCAUUCUUUACCCACUAUUGCACAAUUUUACAUUUCUGUUGUUAUUUUCCCUUUAAAAACAUAUUCUCCACUGUUAUAAAAGUACUUUACAUAAGGUAUUAACAGUACUAUUAAAACACAAGUUUAACUGGAUUCUGCGAUUCACAGUUUUAUCAUGUUGACAUGAUUUCAGUCUUCUGCUGAUGAAAUAGUAAUGAUACAUGAAUAAUGAAAUAUGAGUUAUGUUACAUGAAUAGUUUGAUAUUAGUAUUGAAAUAUUAAGAAUGUAAUAAUGUAUAAAAGGUUCUGGUUCUGUAUGUGGAGACACCCCAGGUGAACAGGGUAAUAAUCUUUAAUAGAUAUCACCAUAAACUCUUCCCCAGUUGAUUACUUACAAUAUUUUUUUGUAUUACAGGUUUUCUGAAAUGUAUAUUUAUAUAUGCAAAUGAGGCAUUAUCUAAUUAAAAAUGUGCUAAUUUGCAUACAUUUCCAGAACAGAAAUCUGAACAUUGGAUAAAGCCAAGAGUCAAAGGUUUUUACAGAGGACAUUUUGGAUAUCUCUUUUUAUCAAACCAUAAAUCAGAAAAUACUGUCAACAGCAUAACAUUGACAUGACAUUUUUUGUCAUAUAUUUAGGAAUAAAAUGUUAUAUAAAUCAGGCUAUGAAUGAUAUAUGAACAAACCCCUCUUAAAAACCUUCAGAGUAGAUAAAACUGAAAAGUUUGGUGUAUGUAAGCGCUACUGAAGUGGAGAUUUCUGGCUCAGAGUACAGAAAAAAAACUCAUUUUGAGAAAACAGCCUUUAAAAAUAUGUCUCGUAAAAUUACAUACAUUUUGCAAAACACUACAGGUGAAUAUGGUAACAAUCUUAACGAAUCGAUAUCACCAUGAAACUGAAAGUGUAGUCAAAUAAACACUUAAAUGUGUCUCCUGAUGAAGACAAACUCUCUCUGAUGUCUCCUGAUGAAGACGAACUCUCUCUGAUGUCUCCUGAUGAAGACAAACACACUAAUGUCUCCUGAUGAAGACGAACUCUCUCUGAUGUCUCCUGAUGAAGACAAACACACUAAUGUCUCCUGAUGAAGACGAACUCUCUCUGAUGUCUCCUGAUGAAGACGAACACACUAAUGUCUCCUGAUGAAGACGAACUCUCUCUGAAGGAGUUUCAGGAAACAGGAUUCUCAUGUUCAUUGACUCAGUGGAAUCACUGAUGUUUGUGCAUCUGGUGUAAAAACGUUGAGGGUGUACUGGAGGGUCACACACAUGUUUAUCUCUAAUGUUGUUCUUACCGACCCUCCGCAGGCCUGUAGUUAUUCCCGCCCUGUUCUAUUAUUGUUUGUUAUGAUUGUAUGGUUUGUGUUAACAUGCCAUUGCAACAUUGUAUUGUAUGCAGUCAUGACAAUAAAGACACUUAAAUUGAA